AUGGAUCGUCCUAGGUGGGCGGCGGUGAUGAUGAUGGGCGUCGUGUUGCCCGUCGGUUACAUGAUGUUUCGCAACAAGCGCGGCCCCUUCUCCUCUUCUUACUCUAAACAGACGAACAAAGUUUUGAUAUAGAGAGCGGAUUGGCUUCGGUUUGAGUGCAACUGAGUGCCUGAUAGAUGGACAUGGAUACGUAGACGAAUGAAUGUGAAUCUGUGCCUCUGCUUGUUCCAUGGAAAGUGAGUACAUUUUCCUAAUUGUAUUGUUCCUUUUUGCUUAGGUUAUUCAACUUGGGUUAUGUAUUAUUCGUCUGACUGUCUUUGGUGAUGUAUAUCGGUACUAGAGGAGGAAAGAGCCAAGUGAUAUUAUUUUUUGAGACAUUA